AUGUGGAGGAAACGGCGGGUGCUUUUGUCCGGUGAUGGGGAAUCGGCAUCGGGAAAUCCCGUCCGUUUCCACAUACCUACCACCUUCCAAAUAGCCGGUAGGCCAUCGUACCAUUCGCAAAUUGAAGCAGCCGAGCACCACCCAAUCGGAGAUCCGGCAGAUCGACAGGGUAAGGCUGAAGGUCCCUGCUGUGGAGAGAGUGUACCCGAAGUUCCUCUUCACCGUCAAUCUCAUCAAGGCUCAACUUGUCAACCAUGCCGAGAUGACGGAAGAGAGGAGGGCUGCCGAGACGAAGAGGAUGAACGAGUCCUCCAAGCGACGCCUUAUGCUCGGCCUCUAAGAGAAGAAUAA